GUACCCAUUGCAGGGACCACCGCCAUGCCUUUCGCGAAACUAAUACCAGCAUGCGAAAUACCCUUUGUCAACAGCUACCGACACAUACUGUAAUCGCGGCAGUUGAAGUAUGCGCAAAAUAGUCUGAAAGGGAGCUUCAGUCACACAUGAUGGGUCGACUAUUGCCCAAUGCAGACCGUCGCCAUACUCCGGAAUUAACAACGCCCUCAGAAGAGUAUGGUCUUGAUUGUCGGAUAUCCAACAGCACACAUAUCUCCAACCAAUAUUACAGUUCCUGGCCUUGUCAAGCAAUGACCAAUCGAAAAUCUACUCAAUGUCGUAGAGUGUUUGAGGUCGAUAAAGGCUGACAGCUUUAUG